AUGGCUAGAAUCCCUAAAGCGGAUGUCCAGAUGCUAGAUCAAAUAAAUAAAGAAAAACGUCAUUGGCGGGAUGUCCUGACAAGAAUCCUGGCUGUCGUGCAGUAUCUUGCUGAAAAUAACAGUGCGUUUCGUGGAAAAACUGAAAAGCUCUACCAACCACAUAAUGGUAAAUUCUUAGGAUUGAUUGAGAUGCUUGCAAAACUUGAUCCAACCAUCCAAGAGCACGUUCGUCGUAUUAAAGAUGGAGAAACACAUGAUCAUUACCUAGGACAUCAAAUCCAAAAUGAAUUCAUAGAAUUGAUGGCAUCUGAAGUGAAGAAGAUAAUUAUCGCUAAACUGAAACUUGCAAAAUAUUUCUCAAUAAUACUUGAUUGCACUCCUGACGUCAGUCACAAAGAACAGCUAUCGCUGAUUGUGCGCUUUGUGGAUGCUUCAGAUUGUGACUUAAAAGUUGUGGAACAUUUCAUGGAAUUUUUUAUUGCUGAAAACACAACAGGCAAAGGAUUGUCAGAGUUACUGCUAGCUGCACUCGAGAAAUUAGGCUUGGAUAUUGAUGACUGUCGAGGACAGGGAUACGAUAAUGGGGCUAAUAUGAAAGGAAAACAUCUAGGAGUGCAAGCCCAUAUUCUUCGCAAGAAUAGUCGCGCAUUUUUCACACCCUGCGGCUGCCAUAGUCUUAAUCUUGUGUUGGGAGAUAUGGCGAAGAUCAGCUCUAAAGCAGUGACAUUUUUUGGUGUUCUGCAAAGAAUCUAUGUGAUAUUUGCCGGUUCACCUGCAAGAUGGAAGAUUUUGGAAGAAGCUGUGCCUUACAUCACAGUAAAAUCACUGUCAGACACAAGAUGGGAAUGCCGUAUAGAGAGUGUAAAAGCUUUGCGCUACCAAAUAAGCGAAAUAAAGGAAGCCCUUUUCACUGUAUCAGAUGAGUCCAAGGACCCUAUGGUAAAAGCCGAAGCAGAAUCACUUGCUAAUUUUGAGGUAGGAAAUUUUGAAUUCAUCCUUGCUGUGAUCAUUUGGUAUGACAUCCUAUUCGCAGUUAAUACUGUGAGUAAAUCGCUACAAUCAGCCGAUAUGCAGCUUGAUGUAGCAAUACAGCAAAUUAAAGGACUCGUCACCUACUUGACAAAUUAUCGGGAAAAUGGUUUUAAUUCUGCCAUGAUUACUGCAAAAGAAAUUGCCAAAGCAAUGGAUGUGGAUCAAGUAUUCAAACAGAAAAGAAGCAGAAAAAGAAAAAGACAAUUUGAAUAUGAGAGUACAGAUGACAGCACGUUAUCGGGUGAAGAUGAGUUUAGAACAGAGUAUUUCUUGUGUAUAAUGGAUCAAGCAAUUAUUGGCAUGAACACUCGAUUUGAACAGCUACGACAAUACGAUUCACUCUUUGGGUUUCUCUACAACAUAAACACAAUGAGAAAAUUAAAUAAUGAGGAUUUGUUAAAAAGUUGCAUGAAUCUUGAUAUAGAGUUGCGAUCGGUGAGCUCACGUGACUUAAACGGGGCAGAUUUGUGUACAGAGCUCACAAUGUUUCGAGAAAUUUUGCCCGAAGUGUCUUAA